GAAUUAUUAUUAGUCCGUUGUAAACAGGUACUACCUAUUAAUAAACAAUUAGAUUUUGACGGUGCCUUGCGUAUUUAUUUAAUUAAUGCUAUAGUUAAUAAGUAUAAUCUUACUUAUUUAAAAGCCUUGAACCGGCUAGUAUUUGUAAUUAAAACCGCUAAUAAUCUACGGAGUACUAAAGCUAAAAAUAUGUUGAGGCUAACAAAUUGCACAAUAAGUUGA